AUGGUAGACUCUACUAAUGCUGUUAUGGCUAAUUGGCAUAAGGCUCACAUCUCCAAAGAUGGUAAAGUAAUGUUGAUUAAUAGUGUUAUUAUGGCCUCCCCUUUAUAUUACCUGUCUGUCUAUCCAAUUCCUGACUCAGUCCUCAAUAGGUUAUCCCAAAUUGCUAGGAAAUUUCUCUGGGCUAAUGAUGGCAAUAGUAGUGGCAUCCCGGUGGUUAAUUCGAAUUUUGUUGAGACUUCUAAUCAUCUGUUUAGACUAUGCCCUAAGAGCCAAGGUGUUUGGAGCAUGAUUCAAGAACUUACUGGUAAGAAUAUUUUGCUAAUUGAUCACAUUUCUAAAGCUUUUAUAUGCAAAACCAGCCUUAUUUGGGUGCGAUGGGGACCUUUUCAUCAGCUGUAUGGAAUGAAGGGACAGGUUGAGAAUGUCUUGAGGAAAAUUUCAAAGUCACUAGAACUGAAAGAAGAUUUCUUCGUUAGCCAUAUCGGAGACAAGUUCACUACAUUUGCAAUAUUUAACUACUAUCCAUGUUGUUCGAAGCCUGAUCUUGUCUUCGGCCUCAAACCUCACACCGAUUGCUCUCUGAUCAUUGUAAUUUUGCCAGAUAAAGAUGUAGAGGAACUUCAGGAGAUCAAAUGGAGAAUAUUUAAGAGCCCACUUUAUAGGGUGGUCACAUUUUCGGACAAGGAUAGAAUAUCUAUUGCUUUGUUUUGUGUGAAUUUGCCUGAAAAAGUGAUAGGACCAGCAGAUGAACUAGUGAAUGAUAUGAGACCAAGGAUGUACAAAAAUUUGAAGGUGAAGGACUAUCUUGAAGUGUUUAUCCAGAGGUUCCUACAAGGAAAGAGGGCCCUUGAUUGGGCUUAA